AUGUCAUCAUCCUCCUUCAAAGUAAAGCUAAAGCGACCUUCUCAGAGCGCCGGCUCGAGCGCAGCUCCAAAUUCGGCCAAAACCUCCAGCGGCAGCGGCGUUUCUCGCGCUUAUACGGAAUCCGCAUCUUCAUCGCCUCUGGGUCCUCAAGCCGGUGGAAGCACCACCCCUAGGAAUGUUGCCAAGAGGGCAGCGGAAGGGAUAAUCGACGCAAUGGGAGCGGGCGAGGAGGAGGGAGAGGGAGAAGGCGGUCUAGAGGACGAGGAGGAGGAGGAGGAAGAUGAUGAUGAAGAGGAAGAGGAAGACGAGGAGAGGGAUGAGCUUGAAGGAGACUCUGAUGAUGCUGCACCCGAUCAGGUGCAGCUGUCCAUUGGCGAAGGGGCAGUCCGUGGUAGCUCAUCGACGCGUGGAGGGCGGGGCAAAGGCAAAGGUGGGAGCAAAGGAGGCAGCAGCAGCAGCGCCCUCCAUCCCCUAGCCAAGGCCAAGAUCAAGAAAGCGUCGGCGCUGAGCGUGGAAGAGAUCGAUAGCAUGCCACCUGCAAAGAGGCGAAAGAGUCACAAAGCCAGAGGAGCACCGGGACCUGGUCGAGGGUGGAGGAAGGGUCUCAAAAUGGGGCAGAAACCAGUAUACACUGGGCCAGAUGGUUUGGCAGCAGCCGAAGCAACGCCUUCGAGCUUUGCGGGAAGUCCGAGCGCCGAGUCACGACUGGCUUCGCCAGCUGUCAGCUUGAAAGAGGAGAAGAAGCCAACAAGCACAAAGAUCGCCGCCGCUUCUCCAAGCACCAAGAUGUCUGCGCCAGGAGCAGGGCCAAUCAAGGCGAACGUCGCUUCAACAGGCGCAGCUUCGAGUGCACAGGACGCCAAGAAUUCUUCGAAUGUGCCUCGAGGCACGUCUGGCAACAGCUCAAAAAGUGCCCAGGAAAUGGAUCAAGAAGCCGAGACAGAUCCUGUCCCUUGGCGGUCGAGUAUGGACAGCGCCCACUUGGAUAUCUGA